AUGGAGGGAAAGAGACAGCUUGAGAAAAGGGACUUUGGAAAAAGGCUCUCUCUAGACAGCAGUCUUGUGGAAUACAUGGACUCCAAUAAAUACAUUGAGCAUCUGCUCACCCAACUUGAGGAGAAACACAGAAGUCUCUGGAGGGAGAAGCUGGCUGUGGCCCGACUGCAGCGAGAAGUUGCCCAAAGAAGAAGUGAGGGGGCCAUGCAUGAGAAGCUGAUACAUGAAUUGGAAGAGGAGAGACACCUACGUCUUCAGAGUGAGAAGCGGUUGCAGGAAGUAACACUGGAGUCUGAACGCAACCGAAUUCAGAUGCGUGGACUGCAGCAGCAAUUCUCCAGGAUGGAAGAAACAGUACGAAAUCUAUUGCAGACUCAAGGAUCUCCAGACCAGAAAAAAGAAGAAACUGUUAAUAUAAUGGUCUAUCAGGAAAAGCAGUCAGAGGAUGAGAGAAAACACAAAGAAUCUUUGGAAGAUCUUCACAUGGUGGUGGACGAAGAUGCAAGGAGUGAAAGCAGCAGUGCAGAUGAGGGGAAAGAAAAGACCAAAUUGCUGUUACAAAGGUUGAAAGCUCUAGAGGCAGAGAAUUCAGCAUUGGCUUUGGAAAAUGAAAGUCAAAGGGAACAGUAUGAGAGGUGCCUCGAUGAGGUAGCCAACCAAGUUGUUCAAGCUCUACUCACGCAAAAGGAUCUAAGGGAGGAGUGCGUAAAGUUGAAAACAAGAGUGUUUGAUUUGGAACAACAGAAUCGAACGUUAAGUAUUCUAUUCCAACAGCGGCUCAGACCAACUUCUGAUCUGCUUCUGCAGAAACUUCACUCUCGCAUCUUAGAUCUGUCAUCCGGAGAUUUGCUCUCUGAGGUGGAAAGAAGCCAAAGUCUGAUACAGUCGCGAACUGAUGUUGAGAUGCAUGAAUGCCGGUUGAACACAAAACCAGGAACCCCUGCUCUGAAAUGCCCUGGCCUGGGGGUUGUCACCCCUGCUCAUCUCUGCCCACACAAUAGCUGCAGCAGCAGUGAACUGUCUCUGUCGAGCACCUGCAGCGAGUACUCCAGCGGCUCCUCCUACACGUGGCAUGAUGGGAAGAACCUCAGGAAAGGGCCAUCAUCACAAAACUGGGAUAAAAGGCUAAGUAUUGAUUCUUCACUCCCAAGUGGCUUUGCUAGUCCUACAGAUGAACUACCUCCAACUCGUAUCAAGGAAAGCCACAUUUUGGAAGGACUAAGAAAGCUACAGAAGCGGAGAGUAUUACUUGAGCCUCCAUCAGUGAUAACCAAAUGGGGUUAUAAAGAUUGCAUGAAUUCAAAUGAAGGAAUAUAUUCUCCAGGAAUUAAGAGUAGCAGCCUCCAGGAGUGUCCCCCCUGCAAACCAACGGACAUGGAGGGCCCCUGCAAGGAACCCCACAAGGUGUUUGUGUAUGACACAGAUUCUCAUGAUGAUGCUGAUGAGGACUCUUCCUCCUUGGCAUUGAAUCAAGCCUUUCCAAACCAGUCCUGCAGGCUGCAUGGUUGUAAAUUAACCCAUAGUGUUUCUGACAGUCUAUUUGGCUGGGAGCUGAAUGGAAAACGCUUUUCAGAAGGCACAUCCUCGGUUUACCCCAGAGAAAGGCCUGAACAGCUGAGCACUUGUGCCAGCAGCUGUCCUUUGGAGAGGAAGCUGUGCCCAAUUGCGCAGGCGCCUCAGGUGCAGAGGGAGAGGGGUCCUCACAGCCAGGGCCACAGCAAUCUCCAGCUUUCAGACACUGAUGACAAUGAAACCCUUGAUGAGUUGCAUAUAGACAGCAGCGAUGAGAAAAGCCCUUCAGACUUGUCAUUGACUGCUGACACCGACAAGUCUACGGAGGACCUGGACACCCUCAUGGGACUUGGAAAAUCUCAACUGGGGUCUCCUAAUGAGGAGAAAAAACAAAUGCCCAUCCACUUAGAGAGUAGGCCAAAGACAUUUAGUUUCAUAAAGCAGCAAAGGGUUGUCAAAAGGACUUCUUCAGAAGAAUGUGUUACUGUAAUAUUUGAUGCUGAAGAUGGUGAACCCAUUGAAUUCAGCUCUCACCAGACGGGUGUUGUCACUGUUACCAGAAAUGAAAUUUCCAUCAAUCAGGGCCCAAGCGUACCCAAGGCAGAACACACUGAACCUUUACCUCAGGGAAUUGCUCACUCACAGCCAGGGGCUGCUGCCAGAGACUACACUUGUAUAAGGAGACCUGAAGAGGAACCUGAGAAAAACAUUCCAAAGGACGGUGCAGAUAAUCUCGCUGAGGCACCCACUGAUUCUUUCAGCCCCAGGACAGUAACACAAAAUACUCAGAAACAGAAAUUGGCCAAACCAACACAUAAUAUGUCAUGCCAGAGUAAUUAUAGAUCUUUGAUAUCCAUGGGUAUCUAUGAGAAGCAAAGUCUGACAAAAAUACCUGCCAGGGGCAAGGCUUCACCUCAAAAAUCAAAAAUAAUGGAGCCUGAAGUCUCCACUAGAGGCCCCUCGUCUGGCCCUGUGACUCUUGAAAACUCACCAGCCUUGGCUCCUGGGAAACUCUCCCGGUUCAAGAGGACUGAAGGCCCAGGGCACCUCUGGGACGUACAGCCAGACUCACACAUUCCAAAACACAGCUCUCGAACGCCUGGCAGGAGGGGUGCGGUCCAGUGCUCCAAGAGUCAGCUUUCAGCAUCACAGUUGCUGUCAAGGCCCCUCAUUGAGCCUGGUGACGAUGGGGAACCCCUCAAGGGGGAGAGACACUGUGACCCUAGGCCAGAGGCAAGAGUGAAAUCGCCUUCUCCCCCACCCCCUCCAGGCCGGUCAAUCUCCCUGCUCCUCAGGCCCAGUUAUGACUAUUUGCCACCACCUUCAUCUGCCAAGCCUGAAACCAGCAUUGCUGAUGAAACAGCAAGGACUGCAUUCAAACCACUCCCUCCAAAAGGAUCCUCUGCUCCUAUUAUUUCUUCUAAUCAGACAGAAGUGCAGGGGAAGAAACCUUCUGUGGCCUUCAAAAAGCCCAUCUUGACUCACCCCCUGCCCUCCACAGAAACAGUGAUUCAAACCAGAUGCUCUGCUCAUACCCCCUCUAGCUCUCUUGUUAUGAUGGCCCCAGGGCCUCCAAAGGUCUCUCCAAAGAGAGGUGUCCCCAAAGCCCCACCUCAUCAAACCCUUGGGACCACACAAACAGACACAGGGUUACAGAUUUCCAAGAAUAGUCCUUCAGCCCAUGAACCUCUGGACAUAUCAUCCUCCAAAAGUCUGUCUCCAAGAAGAAAAGGACAAUUGAGUGACAGUGUCCCCACAUCACACAAGCCUUCCUUCUUAGGGGUAAACGAGUCACUAUCAUCUCAGGUUAACAGUCCCUCGCCAUCCUCUAAAAGCCAUAAUGCCCCACACGGCUGUCAGAACACUCAUGAGAAAAGUUUGAAAACUCGCCUCCCAGUUGGGCUCAAAGUUCUCAUGAAGUCUCCCCAGUUGCUCAGGAAAAGUUCCACAGUGCCAGGGAAACAUGAAAAAGACAGUCUCAAUGAAGCCUCUAAAAGUUCGGCAGCUGCGAGCAAGUCAAAGCCAGAACAUUCCGGGAGUCCAACGAGCCUUGAGGCCACAGUAGAUGAAAGACCUGUGACUCCUCUGGGUUUACAAGCACAAGACAGUUUGACCGAAGGGCUUCCCCUGGAAGCAACAAUACCAGAGUCAUUGGAAAAUCACAUCCCUGGGGCUGACGGAAAGGAUGGAAUAGAAAACAGGUCUGUAAAAAGAUCUCUUUCCUCCAACAAGCCGCAUCUAAAACCAGCUUUAGGCAUGAACGGAGCUAAAGCCCGCAGCCAGAAUUUCAGUGCUCACUCAGGUGAGAAGCCCACCACGCCCCCCAUGGAAGGGCCAGGCAAAGUCCGAACUCAGAUUAUUACCAACACUGCAGAGAGAGGCAAUUCUCUGACCCGGCAGAGCUCCUCCACGGAUGGCUCUCCCAGCAAGACCCUUUCGGCCCCCAUGUCUGACAGCCUUCCCAGUGCUGCGAGGGCCUUGGGCCAUGCCCCCUCGAGGCAGGGCUCCCUGGGGAGCACAGGUAGCUCUAGCAGCUGGCACGGAAGCCCUAGCAAGCUGCCUUUGAGGAUUCCUCCAAAAUCUGAAGGGCUCCUCACGCCGCCUGGACCUGAAGACCAGCAAGCCUAUGUCCAGAGAGGAUGCCCCAGUGUGGCUGCACCUGCAGAACCAGAAAGGGACCUCUGCAGGUGCCCACCCGCCCCAACAGACUGCCUCCGAGGCCUGCAGAGCCCAGGAAGGACAGAGUGCUCAGGCAGUUUUGAAACAAGCAGGACCCCCAAGCUAGAAACUUCUGGAAUCUAUCCAAAUACUUCUAUAGCCAGGGCUAAUACUGUGAGCCCAGAAGCCCCCCUCUCACCCACAAUCGAAGAAAAGGUCAUGUUGUGCAUUCAAGAGAAUGUGGAAAAGGGCCAAGUGCAAACAAAGUCCACAUCUGUGGAAGCGAAGCCAAGGCCUGGGCCUUCUUUCGCCAGCUGGUUUGGUUUUCGGAGGAGUCGACUUCCCGCUCUCAGUAGCAGGAAAAUGGACGUCUCCAAAACCAAAGUGGAAAAGAAAGAUGCAAAGGCCUUGGGCUUUGGAAAUAAGCAGUUAAAAUCAGAGAGAAAAAAAGAGAAAAAGAAGCCUGAGCUCCAGUGUGAGGUAGAAAAUGAGCUUAACAGGGAUACAGAGCUGGCAGAUCCUAUCAAUGGGAGUUUACAAAGCAAAAAUAAUCUGAAAACACCACAGGACAUUUACGACCAAAUGAAGUUUGAACCGAGAAAUAGACUUAGUCCUGUUCCAUGUUCAACAAAAGAUACCUUUAUGACAGAACUUCUGAACAGAGUUGAUAAGAGAGCAGCUCAACAGACAGAAAGUGGAUCAAAUAAUGUUUCCUGCAGGAGUGUGUUAAAGGGCAGCUCCCAGGGCUCCUGUCUCACCAGCAGCUCUAUCAGCGCUCAAGGAAACCACAAGAAAAACAUCAGAACCAAAGCCGACAUGGAAAUACCGAAAGGGUCCCUGAUAAAAAAGGCAAAUGAAAACCUGCAAGAGGAUGAAGAUACAGUUGUAGAUUCUGCAUUUCAGAGCCACAUCAUAGAAUCAAACUGCCAGAUGAGGACCCUGGACAGUGGGAUCGGAACCUUCCCGCUACCAGACUCGGGAGCUCGCUCAACAGGACGGUACAUAUGCCAGUCAGACUCCCCAGAGGACACUGAGCCCAUCCUGUGUCUCCAGCCAGCCCUUUGUGCAACACCUUCCAUCCGAGCCCAGACCCUUGAAAGGAAAGUGCCUUCCUCCACCGACAGCCAGGGCUCUGCAGACAACGCCAUUGUUCAUUCCACAUCCGACCCCAUCAUGGCUGCCAGGGCAGUGCGACCUCUUCAGAGUCGCCUCCCCAAACCAGCCUCUGCAGGAAAAAUCAAUUCCCAAAAGGAGAAUGAAGCAGAGGCAAGGCCUCAGACUUGCUCAUCAUUUGAAUAUGCUGAAAACACCAUGGCCAAGGAGCUCCUUCCAGACUGGAGGGCUGAAGACCCCCCUGGAGACACCCAGGACAAGGUACCCAGAAUGUGUUCAUACUCUGCCAGCGGUGGCAGUGAUAGUGACAGUGACCGGACUAUGGAAAUAAUGGUUUUGGAGCUGGAAGGGGCGAGUUAG